AACAAGAAGUAGCUAUUGGGCUAAAAUAGAAAGGGAACCAGGAAGAAUAUUAGGCUGCCAAAUUUUGAAGCAAUAACGGCAUUGUCGUAGAAGAUCUACUAUGGUCUAUGAAUGUUGAACAUGGCAUUGUGGAUGUCAACAGAAUUUUUGAUUUCUCGAAAGGCAUUUUUGUCAAGGUCGACAGGGAUGGUGUGACGUAAGAAAGUAGAAAAUGGCUGGCGUAUGGCAACAGGUGCUUGCCUUAGAUGCAAAAUAUAAUGCAUAUCGAGCACCAAAUAAUCCACAAUUUCGUACUCUCUACAUAAGAAGACGAAGUCAGUUGUUGAGAGAAAAUGCCAAUAAAGAAGGAGAUGUUGCAACUAGAAAAGAUUAUUUAAGACUUAGAGCGCAGUUAUUAAAUUCAAGAUAUGGCAGCCCAGCUUUUUCUGACCAGGGGAGUAUCAAAAGUCGAUCUUUCAGUUUGCGAAGUAUUAGCAGAAAUACAGCAGAGAGCUAUGACUCGCUUGCCGCACUUGGUCCGAGUGAUGGACGAAAACGCCACAGACGUAAUACCAGUAGUGGGUCGUUAAAACAUCUUUAUGAGGGUCCAAUGAAACGUGUAUAUGAUAGUAUUGAAGUUGUUCCAACAAGUGCUGCUGAAGCAAGCAGGGCAAUGGUUGGUGGAAAGACAGUAUCAGAAAAUUAUGCUUUUGCUGGAAUGCAUCAUAUAUUUGACCAGCAUUCUGCUGCAGUUACAAGUGUAAAGUUUGCUCAUGAUGAUAAAACACGAGUAGCCUGUUCAUCUUUAGAUGGUAGUUUAUCAAUCUGUCAAGUUAUACCUCCACCAGCUACUGUUAUAUGUAUGUUAAAGGGACACAAAGGUGGAGUCACAGAUUUUGUGUGGUCACUAUCUAAUGAUGUUAUAUUAUCUGCUAGUAAAGAUAGUACAGCUAGAUUAUGGGAUGUAGCAGCCGGUACGUGUAUGAGAGUUAUACACGAUGGUAGUGGUGGAGAAGUUAAUUGUUGUUUAUUUCAACCAUUAAAUAACAACAUGUUUGUUAUAGGUAAUAAUAGAUGUAUGGUACAAGUAAUGAACAUGUCCACUGGUAAAGGUUAUAAGGGUGGAAGUUCAAAGAUAACUGGACAAGUACAGUCUAUGGCAUUUGACUCCAGUGGUAAAUUGUUAUGGGCUGGGGAUGACAAAGGCUCCAUAUUUUCUUUCACAGUUGAUGUUGCUACUGGCAAACUAGCUAAAGCUCGCAGGAUUACAGUAUGUGAUGGUCAAGCUAUAACAAGUAUUAGUGCCCGAGCUUGGUUAAGUAGAGAGGCUAGAGACCCUUCAUUACUCGUUAAUUGUUGUCUUAAUUCUCUAUGUUUAUUCAAGAUUGUAUCUGAUGAUGGAGCUCUACAGUUGAAGAAAACUUUUCCUAUUAAACAAAGAUCAUCAUAUAUUAAAAGUUGUUUCUGUCCGUUGAUGUCUUUUAGAAUGGGAGCUUGUGUCAUUUCUGGAAGUGAAGAUAUGUGUGUUUAUUUUUUUGAUGUGACUAAAGACAGUAAAACUUGUGUUAAUAAACUGUUAGGUCAUUCAGCACCAGUAUUAGAUGUUUGUUUUAACUGUGAUGAAAGUUUAUUAGCUUCGUGUGAUGAACAAGGUAUGGUGAUUAUCUGGAAGAGAGAAGGUAAACAAGCACAACUUUAA